AGAAGCAUAGUUCCCCUCGCAUCGGCCGGCAGAGUAGCUUUCGCACGCAGGCAGCAUCUCAAGUGAAUAAAUCGCCUACUCCCGAGCUCCUUAACCGUUAAUUAAAACAGAAAAUGGCUCCCCCGACAUAUGGAGAUUUGGGAAAGAGCGCUCGUGAUGUAUUCAGCAAAGGCUACCACUUUGGUCUCCUGAAGCUCGACGUCAGCACCAAGACUGACUCUGGCGUUGAAUUCUCGAGCGGUGGAUUCUCCAAUCAAGACACCGGUGUCGUCGUGGGAAACUUGGAGACCAAGUACAAGGUCAAAGAGUAUGGGCUCACCUUCUCCGAGAAGUGGAACACGGAUAAUCUUCUCGGGACAGACGUCACCAUUGCUGACAAGUUGCUCCAGGGUCUCAGCAUUGGAUACAGCUGUACAUUCUCUCCCCAGACUGGAAGUAAGACUGGUAAAUUGAAGACAACAUAUAAACACGAAAAUGUAUCAGCAACAGCUGACUUCGAUCUCAGUCUCAACAGUGGACCAUUGAUUCACACAACUGCUGUCGUUGGAUACCAAGGAUGGCUGGCGGGUUACCAGACGUCUUUCGACUCCCAGAGGAGCAAAAUAACCAAGAACAAUUUCGCUCUUGGCUUCACAGCCAAGGACUUUGGUGUUCACACCUCAGUGGACAAUGGCCGUGAGUUCAACGGAUCGAUCUACCACCUGGUGAAGCCUGGUCUAGAGGGGGCUGUCAAUAUCGCGUGGAACUCUGGAAACAACGCAACGCAGUUUGCUCUUGGCGCCAAGUACAAUCUCGAUAAUGCUGCGUCAGUCAGAGCCAAGGUCAACUCUCAGCUGCAGAUUGGAUUGGGGUAUCAGCAGAAGCUGCGUGAUGGAGUCACUCUGAGUCUCUCAACGAACAUCGACGGCAAGAAUUUCGGUUCCGGUGGCCACAAAAUCGGUGUCGCCCUCGACCUCGAGGCCUAAGAGCCCCAAAAACCCCAACAAAAUCAUCAUUAACAAUAAUAAACUGAAAAAACUCAGUAAAUUCUGUCCCACUCGAGUUAAAAUAUCGCAACUCUGGUGUCGCUGAUGAAUGAAUUGAAUAAAGAUGAAAGAAAACUUGACAACACGUUUAAAAUUUGCGCACCUGGGUUUCGAGUUGAACCUGUAAACGUAUUAGAUAGAAUUACACCCGAUUUUCACGGGAGCCUCGCAGAAUCACGUUGAGAAACAUGAGCGCUAAACAUUGAAGAUGAAUUUACAAGAGAACAAUGAAUAGGGUAAUUAGAUGGCAGAAGGUGGCUUGAAGUCGACGAUAAACGUUCUAUCGACUAAAUAUGAUCGUUGAUGAUCUCUCGUUAAUGUAUCCCCAAUUUUUCUUUCCGAUUGAGCACUUUUCCUCGUUUAGUUUAGAGUUUGGAGAGUUUAAACGUCGAGAAACUAUUAAAAAUGAAUAUAAUAAAGCGGCUAAUGACUAUCCCUUGUUGAAUUUGUAUUCUUGUAGAUAUGCUUUCCUCCGUUUCUCUCAUUGACACCAGCCCAGCUUCAUUUUGUAACAAAAUAUCUUGACGAAAAUACAAAAAAAGUAGAUAACGCAUUUGAUUGUAUUCGGACUGUGGGAUCUGAUGCAAUAAACGUAUGAGAACACGGUUUAUGGUAAA